AUGUCUACAAAAAUUUUGGCUCGGUUACGGCUUCCGGUUACUUUGUUCGCAUGCGUUUGUUUACAUUCACUAUGGCGAUAGCCCUCUGUUUUAUUUGGGACUAGUUUUGAAAUCAGCGGAAAAACAGCUUACAAAUAAAAAUUUAUAUCGCCCAUUCACAAACAGUAAUUACAGUACGAACAAGAUUCACGCUGUGCACUUUUCGGAAAGCAGAUGGAUGUAAUCUGAUACCACUGACCUCAGUUGUUAAGUGGACUAAAUCUUAUUGAGUGUGAAACCGUACAUACCCAUCCGCUCGUAUGCUGUCAAUGUGUCGGUUAACUGUCUCAGCUUCAGUUGUGGAUGUCAUUCGACGAGAUCGCGGAUCAAAUCUAAUCUGUACGGUAGUAAAUUCACCAUCUUUAUCAUGCCAUUACAUUUUCUAAAAACAAAAGACCUAUUAAUUGUGCAAGUGAUCAUAUAUAUACAGUUUUUCGACUAAAAGUCUUUUUUAGAACCAUUGUUGUUUUCAGGCUGGAGAGAUCACAUGCUUCGACUUAUUAAACAUGCCAUCUUAAAGUCAUUGUUUAUUUCAUACCCAUUUCCCCCCCUCAUUUAAAAAGAUUGUUUCUAUGGAAAACACAAGAUCCUACGCAGAAGAGGCAGGCUACCUAUUACAACGAUAUGGUGCCCUUUAUCGCGACAAGGGGGGAAAUACACUUCUUCAUCAUGUAACAUCUUGUAACCCAACUCAUAUUUAUGUUUUGGCCAACAAUGGUGUGCCAGUCAACAUUCAGAACAAUGUGGGUGAUACAGCUCUUCACCUAGCAGUGCGUGCAAACAACUUUGAUUGCACAGAAGCCUUGAUUCAGUGCAGUGCUGAUUUGUCCAUCAGAAAUGAGAUGGGCCAGCUGCCAGUUGAUGAAGCAGAGGGAUCAUUGAAAGAGCUGCUUGAAAAAUUCCAGCCUGAACCACUACAGGCAGUACUAACUGGAAACGCUUCCGUGCUCUUAAAGCAUCUUCGGCAAAACUGGUGUAGUGUAAACAGCAUUGUAAAGUGUGGGGUAGUGGCAGCCCUGGAGAAUGGCCGUUUCAAGUUGCUGAGUCACCUGGUAAGGACAACCUGGGCAAGUACAACCACUAUUGUCAAGGGUGGGAAAAAUCUUUUACAACUAGCAGUGGAACUUGCAGAAAGGAAACCAGAAAUAACAAACUGCUGUCGCAUUUUGCAAGAUUACAAGAAUACAAAUGAACUAAUUCAUGCUGUUCUAGCAGAGGAUACAAAAAAGUUGGAAGAAUUCUUACAGAUUCACCAUGGAUAUUGUAUUAACACCAGAUUCAGGGACAAAUAUGGCAAAACACUUUUGUCUCAUGCUAUUGACAGCAACAACUAUGCAAUGGUACGCUUGUUGGUAUCUGCUGGUAGCCGGGUCAACCAGAUACGUGUCAGAGUCAAUGAACAGAGCAAAGAAACAGUCCCUUUGUUUUUCAAAGCUCUGAAGAUGGAUAUUGAUCCAGGCAUUCCUCAGUUUCUGUACUCCGUGCAAGAGGAUUCAGAAAUGAUGGAAAAAGAUGAAAAUGGAAAUACAGCCUUACUCCGAGCAGUGGAAAAUGGGACAUCCAAUCAGAUUAUCAAAUGGCUUCUUGCUACACAAAAUGGACUCAAUGUCUGCCAGAGAAACAAGGAUUCUCUAAAUGCUCGAGAACUAGCCAAAUCAAGAGGAAGGUUGGAUGUUGUUGCACUAAUUGACAAUUUCAUUCUUCAGCAACAAAAGAAGUUCUUCCUUGUGAAUUUGCCCGUCCACUUCUAUGGACUGGAAAAUCUUCAGUUUGUAGAUGAACACAGUGGAAAGUCUUUCAUUGACCUGGUGGCUGAGAGUAAAGACGAAGAUGAUUAUAAAAGUCUUAAACACUAUAAAGCAAUAGAGAACAAAGCAGUAACUCUGUUUGAAGCAGCUGCCAGGGGUGAUUUAGAACAGGUUCAACAGCUGAGUGUUGCAGAUUUCCAAGACAAGAAUGGUUACACAGCUUUGAUUCGAGCCAUUGUAUUUAACCAACCAGAUGUGGCCAACUUCCUCUGCACUUCCAGACCCCUCCUCAAGUUUAUACCAGACAAUUGCAACCGUUACCCUUUACACUAUGCAUGUGCCCUGCCACUUGGGCAAGAUGAAAUUUUCAUUAGAAUACUUUUGGAAAAAGACCCGGAGUUAAUUGAAAAGAAAAUGGACAAGGAUGGCCAUUUUCCUGUAGAAUACAGCAAUAUGCGAGGAUCAAAAGAGAUUCGACAGAUGCUUUAUGAUGCUCGAACAUUGGAUGCAUAUGGCGUGCACAGGUCUUCACUGGGGCCAUGGCCACAGGAUGCAGACACUGAACCUCCUAUGUGAAGAAAAUUUUCUGCAGACCUGGACUGUCAUAAUGACUACUCCCAAUGUUACUGUAUUUUAUCCCUGAACUUUAAAAAAUGUACAGCCUACACUCAAUUUAUGUUUGUAAAAAUUAAUGUGUUGCAAGUAUGAGUGGAUUUUGUUGAGAGAUAGACAUAAUAAUGACAAAGAAUGUGAGGAGAAAGAAAAGGAAACAUCUUAAUUUUUUCACACAUAGAAAGGUGAUUUGCUCAAGUAACUAAACUUUUUCAGCUAAUAUCUUGUCAAAUAUUUGCCAAUCCACACAUUAUAUGAAAUCAGCAAACAAGUAGCAAAACUCUGCUUUUCUGCUGUAUUUGCAUUUUUAUGGCACAGCAAACUUUCCCAAGUUGACCCAGCUGUUAGGAAUAGAUAAGGCAGAGAGAGAGAGAUAUGCCCUGCGUUCACAAAAUGCUGGCCCUGAGGUAAAUGGUGUCUCUAACACCUCACUUCCCUAAUGACCCCCAAGAAGUUUAGGGGACGACCUUUAUUUUAAUGUAAUUUUUUUCUUCUUUAAACAUGACUUAAUUUUGUAUUUUAAUUUUUGUGUAGGAUUGCUGUAAUUUUGCAUGUCUUCCAAUGAUGGCUGACAAAGACUAUUUUUUAUGCUUUUGUUUGCUACAUAAUAGCUUUGGAAGAGUACAAAGCUUACUUAAGGUGUGAUAUUUUCUGAUUAUCAGAAACUUUAAUGGUUGUUUGAGCUUUCAAAUCACUUCUGUGAUUCUGGAAUGCAAAGACAUUUAUUUUUGAUACUACAGUUUAACAGUUUGCAAAACCUAAGUGCAGUGUACCUCAUUAUUAUGUUUGUGCUUUAGCCUUAACAUUUUAAACAUCAGUUAGGAUUUCUUCCUGUACUGUCUCGUACUCGGAGCCCUAGCACUGGCUGUGGAUUGCAGUGGUCAACCCUUCUUUUUUUCCCCUAUAAAAGAAAAAAAAAAAUUAAAAAACACUUUUGUGACAAACUUAAUGUGCUAUUAAUUCUGUUAAUAUGCCAUCAACUUUGAGGUUGACGUUUGAUGGGUUAAAUUUUAUUUGAUCCUAUAUAUCAUAUACAUA